UUGCUUUGGGCUGUAUUUGGGAACGGAGAGCUCCUCGGGAAGCUGUGCUGUGGACUUUGAAUUUUCUGCAAGGUCUAGGCCAACAGAGGAGUUUGUUAGCGAGUUCAAAUGCAAUCGUACAUUUACCAUUGAGGGGGAUGGUGAGGGGAAGUCUUUUGGCUGUAAAAACUUGUUUGCGAUCCCAUGGAAUUCGUUCAUGGCUGAGGAUAAUCGUUUCUUCAUUAAAGGUUUUUAUUGGAAAGAAGUUGUUGGUAGGAUGCUUGCUUAUAUAUGAGGAGGAGUGGAUUCACAUUACUUUGGGCUGGGAAUGUGGAAAAACAGCUCCGCAAACUUUACUCUGGACUAUGAAUUUGUUGCAAGGUCUAGGACAACAGAGGAGUUUGUUAUGGUUAUGUAAUGCUGAUAAAUCCUCUCACAACCCUCGAUUAAGAUUGAAGGCUUUUUUCACAUCUUUAUAUAGAUGCUUAACAAAUGGAGCUAGAGCAGUAUUUCAAGUGUAUCCUGAAAAUCUAGACCAGCGUGAGCUGAUUUUGAAUGCUGCAAUGCAUGCUGGAUUUGCUGGUGGUAUAGUGGUGGAUUUUCCACACAGUUCAAAGAGGAGAAAAGAGUUUCUUGUUCUCACAUGUGGUCAACGAUCGAUAAAUGCAUCCCUGUCCAAGCCUAAAGAUGGAAAUGAGGAGAGUUGCUCUGAUGAUGACAAUGAUGAAGAUGAAGAAAAUCAGACAGUGUGUAUCUCAGACAGGCAUAGACCCCAAAAGAAACAGAAAAACAACAAUAAGAAGGGCAAGGGGAGAGAUUGGAUUCUGAGGAAGAAGGAGCAGAUGAGAAGAAGAGGAAAUGCUGUUCCUCAAGACACCAAGUACACAGGUCGGAAAAGGAAAGAUCGCUUUUGAUCUUGUUUGGAUACUCUCACAUGGACUUCCUGCAAUCAAAUCUGUUGGAUGGAGCCUUGGAGAUAUUUUUGUGCACUGAACUUUUGAAGUGAUGAGUAAUUAUAUUCAUAGUACUAAUAUCGAGUCUUGCUGUGAUUUUUUACGGGGUCUUCACAUUUGUGCAGUUUUCAUGCCAUUGCGCAACGUAUAAACAAAAGUAGUUUUAUUUUCUUCAUUUGGAACUUGGUAUGACCUGUAACACCCCGGAAAUCCAAUAGCUGUAGUAACCUUGUAUGUGUGAUAUAUGAUUUGGAAUUUCUCUUAAUUAUUUGAAGAAAAAAAAAUCCACUACUAACCUUAGUUGAGUUA